CUGACGCGAACACCGCCGUGUUGCCCUGUCAUGUCAGCCUCCAGUGACAGGCAUGAAGGUAAAGAGAGACGGGAAGGACAGGAAAAUGUCACAGUGUGAUUAAAUAACAGCGCGCAGUUUUUCUCUCGAGAGGCAUAUGAAUUUUCCAGCUGGUUUUUUCGCCGAUACUCGGAACAGAGGUUUAAGUGUCAAGGUUUUGCGAAGGAGGAGACAUGUUUAGAAAUAGCCAAAACGUGAAGUAUUUCCUAAGUAUUGUUCCAGGGAGACGACGCUUCGGGAUUUACCGAUUUUUGCCCAUCUUCUUCUGCAUCGGCGGUGUGAUGGAGUGGGUCAUGAUAAACGUGCGAAUAGGACGAGAGACAUUUUAUGAUGUCUACAGGAGAAAACGCUCGGAGAGGGAAUACCAACAGAAGAUUGAGGACGGAAUAAUCAUACCUCCUGAAUCUGAACCAAAAUAAAGAUCUUUUCACUUCCACAGAUAUGUCCAUUCGAGCCGAGCGACACCGGAUGAAGAAAAAUGAGGAGUGAUGAGGACUAGGCCAAGUGGAUUUAAGUUUAGACUUCUUGUGUAAAAUAUACAUCAUCUCCCAAAUUGGGUUAAAAGA